GAGUUAGAAAAAUUGGAAAUGGGAGUUGUAUUUUUCUAAAUAUUUUGCGACCCAGAUGUUUGUGGUCCGAAGGAACACUUUCUGGGACAAAACUUCUAGCAUUAGAGAGUGAGAGAGUCAGGAAGAUACUGAACAAAAUAACAAAUAACCAUAAAAAAAGAUACAUAUAUUUUCCUAAUGUUGACAGUUGCUAAAGGCAUAUUUUUCUCAAUUAUUCCGUGAUUUCUAAUGGUGUAAGAAAGCCAAGGCAGCUACACAGAUUCAGGAUCCAGGAUCAGGGCAGGCAGGGGACCUGGACGUGCAGCCAAGCCCACCGAGGAUGCACUGAGCUGGAGAACAUCUGCUGAGGCCUCCCCCUAGCACUGCCAUGGCAUCUGACCCUUCACCCCCAGGCCCCGCCCCUCUGGGCUCCCAGGUCCACGCAGCCGCCGUCAACGGAGACCGGAGCGUUCUCCUCAGACUCAUCACAGCAGAUCCCUCCCUGCGUGACCGUGAGGACCAGUUUGGGCGUACCCCUCUGAUGUACUGUGUUCUGGCUGACCGUCUGGACUGUGCUGAGACACUGCUGAAGGCUGGAGCCUCUGUUAACAAGACUGACCAUAGCCAACGUACUGCCCUGCACCUGGCCGCACAGAAGGGGAAUGUGCGGUUUCUGAAGCUGCUCCUGUCUCGUCGUGCUGAUUGGCUGCAGAAGGAUCUAGAGGAGGUAACACCCCUCCACCUGGCGACCCGCCACACCUCCCCCAAACCCCUGGCCCUGCUGCUCAAACACAUAGGCCCUGGAGAGGUGGACACACAGGACAAGAACAAGCAGACAGCGCUCCACUGGUCAGCGUUCUAUAACAGGCCGGAGCACGUCAGACUGCUCAUCAAACACGACUCCAACAUCGGCAUCCCAGACAGCGAGGGCAAGAUCCCCCUACACUGGGCUGCACACAGCCAGGAGCACACCGCUACACACACCGUCCGCUGCAUACUGGAGGCGGCUCCUACCGAGUCUCUGUUGAACUGGCAGGACUAUGAGGGGCGCACGCCGUUGCACUUUGCUGUUGCUGACGGCAACGAGGCGGUGGUGGAGGUGCUGACAUCAUACGAAGGCUGCAGCGUCACGGCGUACGACAACCUGUUCAGAACUCCACUGCAUUGGGCUGCACUGCUGGGCCAUGCCAAGAUAGUGCACUUGUUGUUGGAGAGGAACACGUCAGGCACCAUCCCAUCAGACAGCCAGGGAGCCACACCUCUACACUAUGGAGCACAGCGCAACUACGCUGAGACGGUGGGUGUGUUUCUGUCCCACCCCUCUGUGAAGGACGAGCCAGAUCUGGAGGGCCGCACAGCGUUCAUGUGGGCUGCUGGCAAAGGAAGUGAUGAUGUCAUACGCACCAUGCUGACAAUCACGCCUCACAUCGACAUCAACAUGGCCGACAAGUACGGAGGCACUGCGCUGCACGCGGCCUCCCUGUCGGGUCAUGUGAGUACAGUGAGUUUGCUGUUGGAGAGAGGAGCCAUAGUUGACAGUCUAGACGUGAUGAAACACACACCUCUGUUCAGAGCCUGUGAGAUGGGACAUCGCCACAUCAUCCUCACACUUAUCAAAGGCUCUGCUCGUGUCCACCUGGUGGAUCUAGAUGGACACACUGCUCUGCAUUGGGCGGCUCUGGGGGGGAACGCUGAAGUCUGCCAGUUGCUGAUGGAGAAUGGGAUCAAUCCUAACGUCCAGGACCUGGCAGGCAGGACUCCUCUUCAGUGUGCUGCUUACGGAGGAUACAUCACCUGUAUGGCUGUACUACUCAUGGAGAACAACGCCGACCCUAAUAUACAGGACAAAGAGGGCAGGACAGCUCUCCACUGGUCGUGUAACAAUGGCUAUCUGGAUGCUGUGAAGCUGCUGCUGAACUCUAAUGCCUUCCCCAACCACAUGGAACACAACGAGGAGAGGUACACCCCCCUGGACUACGCCCUCCUAGGGGAACACAGUGAGGUGACUCAGUACAUGUUGGAGCAUGGAGCUCUGUCUAUAGCAGCCAUCCAAGACAUCGCUGCUGCUUCCAUCCAGGCCCUGUAUAAAGGAUACACCGUCCGCAAGGCCUUCACUGAGAGGAAACAACUCCUGAUGAGACACGAACAGCUACGCAAGGACGCAGCCAAGAAACGCGAGGAGGAGCAGCGGAGGCGGGAGGCGGAGCAGCAAAUUUCACUGGCCAGAACAGAGAAACAGAGGAUGUUAUUGGCCCGCGCUGAGCAGGAGCAGCUGUCAUUGGCUGAGACUAUGAAGGAACUGUCAGUGUAUGAGAGAGAGGCAGGGGGUGGGGCUAAGACAGCCUCCAAAGCAGAACAGACCAACAGCAAAGAGGAGACACGGAAACACAGAGCUCAUAAAUUUAGAAACAGAUCCUCCAGGAAAGGGAAGGAGGCGGAGCCAGUCAAAGACCCUGACCCCGUGGUGACCCCUCACCCCUCAGUGACCUCUGACACCAUGCCCCCUGCCCAGGCUUCUAGGGUCAGGGAGCGUCUCUCUCCUGCAGGCUGCAGCCGACCCCCCAGCCCAAAACACAGACCCCCCACUACACCCAGGACCAAGAGACGCACCUCCGCAAACACACACACUACCUCCAACACACACACUCCUUCCAACACACACACUCCUUCCAACACACACACUCCUUCCAACACACACACACCAUCCAACACACACACUCCAUCCAACACACACACAUCUACUAGCCCCACCAUGGAUCAAGAAGCCCUCAGCACCAGGGAACGCACCCCUAGAAGCAAGAGAGACGCACACACCACCACACACAACCCCAGACACAGGACACGCCCUGCCACAGACCAUACCACCUCCUCCAGCAAGUACCACACUAAAGCCUCCACACAGUCACACCGCCCCAGCAGCAGCAAGCCCAGGGAGGGGGACAGAGACCAGGCUGCCUGCACUAUCCAACGAGCCUGGAGGAGGUUCCAUGUGCGUGGCAGAUUGAGGGAGGCUCUUGGUGCUAGGAAAGGGAUGGAGACACCUGAGGCCGCCUCCCUCCUGAUCCAGCUGCUCUGGGAUAGGCCGGCUUUCUCUAGUCACACCCCUAUUAGGACCAAGCCUGAGGCCAGAGUUCCGCCCACCAAGACAGCAGCCAAGACCUCAGUGCUGCAAAGCAUCUAUGGAGGUUCUGUGGCCCGAAGGGGGCGCUCUCUCGGGGGUUCUCAGUCUCAGAUACUACUGGACCUGUCACUACGCACACACAGCCAGCUGAGCAGUAUGGAGUGUGUGCACCUGUGUGAUGCAGUGGGGCAGGCCAGGAAGUACUCCUACCACCUCAGACCCCACAGCGCUGGACAGGGCCGGGGGAAACACUGACGACUACACAUACCCUGCAUGUGUCCUUUGUGGCUCAGUUGGUAGAGCAUGGCGCUUGUAAUGCUAGGGUACUGGGUUUGAAUCCCGGGGCCACCCUUAUGUAAAAUGUAUGCACGCGUGACUGUAAGUCACUUUGGCUAAAAGCGUCUGCUAAAUGGCAUACAUAUGUGUGUUGCCGUUAAGUUAUUUACUUACCCAACUGCCUUAUCAUGGUGGGGUUAUUGGCCAGAUUGUACCAAAGAGGAUCUAUAUACUGAGAAAAGGUGGGACCCAAUGCUGUAACUAUGGGAAUACAUUUCUGCAGAGGUGGGAACACUUGAGCCAAUGAGAGGGCAGGUUUGCUUGUGAACAACAGGCAUUGUUUUUGUCAAAGAUGCCACGUGCGUCCACUUAUAUCAGUACAUUCGUAAUAACAAACAUUACGAAACUUACAUUCGAUCAAAUAAGCCUCACUCAUCAAUUCAAUUUUAUGUUGACAAAAUUUAACACUCAUUGACCUCCAUACAAAAAAAUCCCCACUUGGUUUGCGUCAUGCUGUAUUCUCGCACAGACAGAUUUUCUUGCUUAGCCUCUUCCUCUCAGAUUGUACUCUCUUCCUGUGACCAGUAUUAUAAACAAAGCUGUGUGACAUCACAGUCAUGACCUCAAAGGGAGGAGUUAAGUCUACCGACAUGGUGUGUGUGCAAGAUAAUUUCAACCAUACAGAGAAUGAACACACACACAGAGAUAACCUUUCCUCCCAUGUGGAGAAUGAGGCAGUCUGUCAACAGCCAGUCAUACAGCCAGCCCACCUGCAGGCACACACGUCUGCUUGCAGACCCACACACUCUUCCCGUCAGCCAUAACACUUGUACUAGGUUGUAGUCAGCUCUACCUUAGUAUCUACCUGAGCAGUUCGCACAGGCAUGCAUGUCCCUCCCCCUUUCCCCUCAGCCAUAAUAGUAGGUAGACAGAUGUCCACAAGGUACUUUGGCGCCACAGGGUACAGGUGUACCUGUGCUUUCUCUGUAGAAGGACUGUGGAGGGGGUAUAUUUAUGCAUUUUAUACACACUCCGUUACUCUCUUUAAUCGUAUACUAUACGUCACUACCUGCCUUAAAGAGAUGGUCGACUUAAAAUCUAAGUUUGCCAUAUGUUUGUGGCACCUCAUCAAAAAGCCUGUUAUCAUUUAGAGGGGAACUGUCACUUUAAAGAUAGAAACUGUGUUUCAGUGUCAAUGCUGUUCAAUCUGAUGCACUUAUGUUGAAACACCAUCAGAUGCCAAGUCUUUACAACCUCAAUGUGAUAAUGUUAAUAUUGUUUUUCUACUCUUUUAUAAAACUUCCCAAAUAAAUAAAUUGACAAGUUUCACUGA